GUUUAAAGAACCAAAAACCUAACCAAACUUUUAAUGUUUUGUGAUGCCUACUAAAAUUCAAGUACUAACUUUUAAAACAAGGAAAAUUCUAGCUUUAAGUUACUAGUUCAAGCUCCUAACAUGUCCGUAGCACAGUUGGCAGGUAGCGAAGCCUCAAACGACUCGAGCAAAACUUUCGUCUUCCAAAAUGAGGGCCACACGUUAGGAAAUGCAUUGCGAGGCAUCAUUUCCAGCUAUCCAGACGUUCAAUUUUGCGGCUACACAGUGCCACAUCCGGCUGAAAAUAAAAUGCACUUUCGUAUUCAAAUGUAUCAAGGCAAAGCAGUAGAUGCGUUAAAGCGAGGCCUAAAUGAUAUUACCAAAGUGUGCGACGUUAUCCUAGACAAGUUUGAUCAAGAGUUUACUAGUUUUAAUGAAAAUAAAGUCGAAGUUCAAUAG